UGUGCACAUCUGGGCAGCUGGUGGGAGCAUGAACAGCUCACAGAUGGGAGUUGCGGCCAAGGCUGCCUGGCUGAGCUGCUGUAACCAAUCUGGGUUGCCUCUCCAGCCACCGGAGGGGCCACCACUGGUGCAGGCGGUGGUACUGGGCGUGUUGUCACUUCUGGUGAUCUGUGGGAUCCUGUUCCUGGGUGGCGGACUCCUCCUCCGAGCGCAGGGCCUGAUCGCACCACCAACUCGGGAAAGGCACGCAUCCCCCGAGGCCGAGCCUGGUGCCUGUGGUGGGGAUGACUCCUAGGUGUCAGCCUGUCUUGAGAAGCUCAGCCCCUUCUGUGCCCUCCAGAGCCCAUUUCUGUGGAGCACAGUGGAAGGUCCAUCCCACAAACUCCUGUCUCCUGCACAGAUGCUGGAGCCAGCUGUGCCUCUCAGAGAGCUCUCCCUCCACCUGCCAGCGCAUCAGGGAACCCCUGCCACCCACCCUCAUCCCAGUUGUGAUGCAGAUGGUGGACUGAAGAUACCUGGACUGUGGUGACUCUGCACUCUGGGAUCCUGGCACUCAGUGCUGCCUCUGAGCUGUUCCCUGACACCCAGGGUGGGUCCCAGAGACCCAGGCUCCAGGAACACUGAGUCUACAGUGACUGCUGUCUGCUCUGGGCACUGAAGUGACUUUUCGCCCCAACCACUUGGACACUAGUGUGUCCUCUGCCCACCACCAGGCCCCUGUGGACAUGGGUGAAGCUCCUGUCCUGCCUGAUGCUUGACAGUAGUGUCCUACAGCCCAGCAACCUGUUGUAACCUGCUGCCGCUGAGAGCCGUAGGUUAGACCCUCCCAUUUGGAGAGAGCAUCAGCCACCCAGCAAUGUGCCAUCACUUUCCAUGGCUUGCUAUUAAACAGGCCAGCAAUACAGUUCUGAGUGUGUGGUUUGUUUCCAGCCCUUGACCUUGGGAUUCCUAGU